CCCUUCUCCUCUGCCAAGCGAAAGGCGAGGUCACAAAGCGCUUCAUUCUCAAAACAAAAUGGACGGCGGUGAUCGAAAGCAGCGCGGAAUCCCUAAACUGCGCGAUAUUCUACGCCGCCAGCGCCGGGAAUCCGAGGGUCAGAUAGACACAUCUCCCGAUGUAGAGUUUGAGUACGAUGAUACGGACGAACUGUCUGCCGAGAUCGCCGAGUUGUACAGUUAUACUGAGGAGGCAGAAUUCGCACUAAACAAGGACGCAUUUGAAAACGACUUCUAUCAGCAUGAGUCUUGCAAGUGGAUCCGCUGUGGGGAGAAGUCACGGCGUGCCUACAUCCUGAGCAUACUAGACCAUGUGGAGUCUGUUGACCCUGAUGUCAGGGUCUCUUCUGCUAGGAUCUUGCUUUAUUUAGCACAAGGAAACUUUGCAGAAGUGAGCACUAAAGAAGAACAAGAAUACUGGACAAAUCAGAAUAUCCUCCUUCUCUAUGAGACUGAGACAUUCCCUGUCAUUGUGCAGAUGUUACAAAUGGAGAUUGAUGACAGUCAGGCUGCAACAUCAGCCCUUCACAAGCCUUCAAUAUCCAUGGUUGAUAGCAUUAAUAUCAGAAUCUAUUUGAAUUUGCUUUACACAAUGGUUGAGUGGAUGCGUGUGCCACACAAGACUGACACACCAGAAUCCAAGUCAAUCAAACACUUCUUCUGCCAGGAAUUAAGCCUGCCUAUUGUAGGUGAUGACUGCCUAGCUGUCAUACUGUUUGAGAUGGUUCUCAAGUUCUGUGCAGGCAGCUCUCCUCAUUUCCCCAUUAAGAAAGUGCUGAUCAUGCUAUGGAAGACUAUUCUUGCUUCUUUGGGUGGAAUCAAGCAGAUUGAAGUGCUUAAACGAGAGGCAAGAGUCCGAGCUGGUCUCCCGCCGACAUAUGAGGAGCAAUGCCCCGCACCACCCUUGGCAGGCAGAAGCAGCAGGGUUCCCACUCCCCACACCCCUCCCCCCAUAGUAGGUGGUGGGGGGAGGCCAGUAGGAGAUCUGAUGGUUGACGAGGUGGCCCAGUUUGACAAGGAGAGAGAGAAUGUCCGGAUUCUGCCUCGACCAACACCUAAAGUUAGAGGGAGAGAUCUCGACAAUUUUCUAGAUAAUACCCGCAUCAAGUUUGUUGGCUUCCAGUUGCGAAGUGAUCGAUCCACCAUCGCCGGUCUACCACUGCCCAUCCAUGAAGGUCUGCGCGUUCUCAAAAAGCAUAUGUACACAUCCUUAUCCGAGAUGCAGAUCCGUGAAGAAGAGGAAGCGACAGAGAAACCGUUCACCAAGGGCUCGGUGACAUUACCAAACAACCCAACGGAAAUGCUAUAUCAGGCUCUACUGCCAAAUCUUCCUCAGUACAUGAUUGCUCUGCUGAAGAUACUUCUUGCGGCUGCUCCCACGGCCAAAGCCAAGACAGACUCGAUUAACAUCUUGGCCGAUGUCCUCCCCGAAAACAUGCCAUCUACAGUGUUGCACUCCAUGCGACUGGGUAUCGACGUAAAUCGUCACAAGGAGGUUAUCGUGAAGGCUGUGUCGGGAAUGAUGUUCAUUCUGUUGAAGCACUUCAAGAUCAAUCACGUCUAUCAGUUCGAGUUCAUGAGCCAACAUCUUGUGUUCGCAAACUGCAUCCCACUUAUCCUCAAGUUCCUCAACCAGAACGUGCUUGCCUUCAUCACUGCCAAAAACACGAUCCCACAGUUGGACUUCCCGAGCUGUGUACUUGGGACGCCAUCAGAACUCACCGCGGAGAGCCUGGAGACUGUUGAUGUGGAAGGCUGCUGUUGGAGAAACAUGUUCUCGUGUGUAAACCUGGUCCGUAUUCUUCAGAAACUCACCAAGUGGAAACACUCGCGGACAAUGAUGCUGGUCGUGUUCAAGUCGGCUCCCAUUCUCAAGAGAGCCCUCAAGGUCAAGCAUGACUUGAUGCAGUUGUAUGUGCUAAAGUUACUCAAAGCACAGACCAAGUAUCUCGGGCGCAACUGGCGUAAGAGUAAUAUGAAGACAAUCUCCGCCAUCUACCAGAAAGUGCGCCACAGGCUGAACGACGACUGGGCGUUCGGUAACGACCUGGAUGCGAGACCCUGGGAUUUCCAGGCCGAGGAGUGCUCUCUUCGCACAUGUGUCGACAGAUUUAACAGCCGUCGCUACGGACUGGAAUCCCCGGAUGUUGGUGAAGACGAGGACUACAAACCAGUCGAUAACAAUCCGCUGAGCGUCCUCGGCCAACGAGUGGAGCUGGGCGAAGACUUCAAGCAAAACUACGAAUGCUGGUUAGAAAGGGAGGUCUUCUCUGUUGAUAUAGACUGGGAUCAGCUAUGUACGUGUACAUCAUGAUGGCUAGCUUUCCUUGAGGAAGGGGGAUGGGGAUGUCAAGCGAAGCUUUGAGUGCCUAUCAGAAAGUGGUCUCUGUUGUAUAGACUUGGCCCUGAUAGCGUGUACACUCUGAUGGCUAGCUCCCCUUGAUUGAGGGGGUAGGGAUGUUACUCAAACCCAGGGAGAUUUCCCUGUUGAUAUAGAACUGGACCUGAUGAAGUCUACAUCCUGAUGGCUAAUUCCCCUUAAGGGGGGGGGGGGGGGGGUGGGGAUGUUAAGCAAACCUUGGUGGUCUCUGUUGAUAUGGUCCUGAACCAGACAACGUGUUCAUCCUACGGCUAACUUCCCUUGAGGGAGGGGAUUGAAAGCAAAUCUACGAAUGCUUGUUGGACGGUGUGCGAAUGUCAGACUGGUGCCGAUUUGGUGUGAAACCUUUGGGAUACUUUGUAAAUGAACCCUGAAUAAAAUGGAUUCAAAUCA